AGUGUAUCUCCAAAGAUGUUGUGUAACAACGCUCACAUACCAACAAAACCAGCCACAGCCCCCCGCCGAGAAAAUCCACCGGCUUGCCGUGUAGCGGUUAACGGCCGCCGUGAAAUCGGUGGGUGGGUUUGUUCUCCGACAAGAACCGAUGUAGACGAGUUACGGUUUCUUGAAAAAGGCAAGUUCGGUAAUUUCGGUGGGAAAUUUGUCGGGGAGUUACUCAUACCUUGUCUCACCCAACUUGAAGAUGAAUUCAAUUUGGUCUUGCAUGAUCAAGAAUUUCAGGAGGAGCUUUCGAUAGCGUUAAGGGACUACGUAGGGAGAGAAACGCCUCUUUACUUCGCGGAACGCUUGUCCCAGCACUACCGGAAUCCGGUGACCGGAGAAGGGCCGGAGAUUUACUUGAAGAGGGAGGAUCUCAGCCACUGCGGGGCCCACAAGAUCAACAACGCCAUCGCUCAGGCCAUGCUCGCACGGCGUCUUGGCCGCAGCCGAGUGGUCACGGCCACCGGCGCCGGACAACACGGCGUCGCCACGGCGGCCGCCUGCGCCAAGCUCUCUCUGGAGUGUACCGUUUUCAUGGGAUCUACCGACAUGGUGAAACAACGGUCUAACGUUGUUUCCAUGAAUCUGUUGGGUGCUCAGGUGGAACCGGUAGAAGGAUCUUUCAAAGAGGCAAGCUCAGAGGCGAUCCGAGGUUGGAUGGGAGACCUAGAAACCUCGUACUACUUGCCGGGCACGGUCGUGGGUCCACACCCAUGCCCGGUAAUGGUUCGAGAAUUCCAAUCCGUGAUCGGUAAAGAGACGAGAAAACAGGCGGAGGAAAGGUGGGGAGGUAAGCCUGAAGUGUUGGUGGCUUGUGUCGGGAGUGGCUCUAAUGCUUUGGGUUUGUUCCACGAGUUCGUCGGGGAUAACGACGUGAGGCUCGUGGGAGUUGAAGCCGCCGGUCUCGGAUUAGAUUCCGGCAAACAUGCGGCGACGUUAGCCGCCGGAGAUGUUGGGGUGUAUCAUGGUUCGAUGAGUUAUUUGCUGCAAGAUGGAGAAGGACAGAUACUGAGGCCCCAUUCAAUCGGAGUAGGGUUAGAGUAUCCAGGAGUCGGCCCAGAGAUAAGCUUUCUGAAAGACACCGGACGAGCCGAGUUCUACACAGCCACCGACCAAGAAGCCAUCGAAGCGUGCAUAAGAUUAUCGAGAUUGGAGGGGAUAAUCCCGGCGCUGGAGGCAUCCCACGCGCUGGCGUUUCUGGACAAACUUUGUCCGACGCUACGUCAUAAGACCAAAGUGGUCGUGAAUUGCAGCGGUCGCGGCGACAAAGAUCUCGACACCAUGUUCGAAAGAGCCAUUUCGUUGCCCUCUUAGGUUUCUCUCUGAGCGAAAAGAUUAAUUAUUAAUAUCUCAAUUUGAAAUUCCUUUUUCGUUGCGGGGCUUUAAAAGUGACGUCCUCAAGAGUUAUAUAUUGUAAAACUGUGGAUGAAACAGAGGGUUUCUAUUCAAACGGAGUAUUUAUAUGUACUCGACCUCGACCGUUGUACGAAAUCGUAAUACAAAUGCUUUUGCCCUCUCUACA